AUGAGUUCGUGGAAGACCCUCUUGGUGGCCGCCGCGGCCCUCGCCACGCUCCUCGCGGCCGACGCUACCGUGGAGACGACGUGCAAGGCGGCGGCCGCCAUCGACGUCCGCAUCGACUACGGCUUCUGCGUGUCGGAGCUGAGCAAGCACCGCGACAGCCCCGGCGCGGACACCUGGGGCCUGGCCAAGGUGGCGGCCAACCUCGGCGUCAACAACGCCGGCGGCGCAGUCCGCGAAGCGGAUGCGCUGCUGGCCAGGCCGCCGGGCACGGGCGCGGACGACGCGAAGGCAAGGGCUGCGCUGGGGCAGUGCCGCAGCCUCUACUUCGACAUGGAGCUCGCGUUCGCGGGGGCGCACGACGAGAUCGACGCGCGUCAGUACGCGGCGGGGAAAGAGAUGGCUGUGGAGGGCAUCGCGUUGGCGCGACGGUGCGACGCCGUCUUCGCCGAGGCCAGGAUCCCGUCGCUGCUCGCACGGCGCGGAGAGUACGCCGAGCAGAUCGCGGUGUUGUGCAUUGCCAUCACCGACCUCAUCAAGUGA